AUGGACCCCGACCAGGCCGCCGCCGAGGAAAAGGCGCGCAUCCGGCGUCACCUCCAGCAGAAUUCUUCACAAAACCGCGACCCGGCAUCCGGGAGCAACACGGUGCCCAUGACCGAAGAGGAAGAGGACACCCUGAGCCAGCACUCGCCCGUGUACUCACCCCCUCUGGUCCAGCAAACCUCCGGACCGGUCCCUUCGGCAGCGGCAUCCUACCCCCGCCAACCGACCCCCCCACCGUACUCCGGCCCAACAACUUCCGCCCAGCACCCACUCCCCCCUCUCGACUCCGACCCGGGCAACCCCAAACCACCCCCGCGGUACCCCGGCCUCCCCGCGCUCGACUACCGCCUCUACAAACCCCCCCACUUCGACCUCUCGGCCGAUAAAACCACCACCAAAACCACCUCCGCCCACCUCUCCAGCUCGGCCGAAGCCCUAGCCGCGCUCAUCCGGCAACAAGCCACCAUCCCCCCCAAGCCGCAGGUCCACAUCACUGGCCAGCGCGGCGGCCCAGGUGGCGGACGCAUCGACUUCGCCAUCAAACUUAACCUCCUCCCUCUCCUCGUCCCCGCCGACCCGCGCCAGCGUAUGGACUACCUCCGCUGUGUCAGCGCCGGCGAACUGGCGUACCGCGGCGGGACCAAACCCACUACCGCCAACCCCCCACCAGCUAACACCCCUUCCUCCACCGGCGGCAGCAAACCCUCCCUCGACGCCUGGGCAGCCCGCUACAUAGCCGACACAGCCAGCGUCAAAUCCUUCACCCUCGAACGCACAGUCGUCAACCUAGACGUAGACUGGCUGGAAGGACAAAUCCGCACUCUUGUCGCUGCCCUCCGAUACCCGGGCACCGUGACGGUCGCAUUCCCCAUCACACAUGCCCGCGUGGUCGUGCAGAACCCGGAUCGGGUGAAUAAGUUUAUUACGAGUGUCACGAGCUUUUUUGCGGGGAAACAGAGGUAUGAGGUUGUCAAGGCUGUGUGGCCGUUUGCGACGGUGCCUAAGGGGAGUGAGAUAUCAGGGGGGAAUGGGAAUGGGAAUGGGCAUGGAGGGGGGAGGAGGUGUGCGGUGCAGAGUGAGGAGGUUUGGUGGCGCGAGUGGAGGGGGCCGAUUCGGCAUGCCAUUGCGGCUAAACGACAGGGUUGGGUCACUAAUGAGGACAAAUUGGAGGCGCUGAUGGAGGGCUCGGCCGGGCCGGCGAGCGUGAAUUGGGAGCAAGAUUAUUAG